AUGCGGCGGGUUAGCUUGCAGCUUGUCUCAAGUCGGCUAGAGCCGCGACAAAGACAGCGGCCGUCCAGUGAGCUCAUCGCUCCUUUCUCUGAAUUGGAAGCCUUCGAAGCUCUGAAAUCCAUGGACAGAUCAAGUGCACUAGGCCCCGACGGUUUCGGACCUUCUUUUUACAGGGUGGCCUGGAGCAGUAUAAAGUCGCAGGUCAUGGCCUUCCUGCAAGCCUUCCACCAGAGGCAAGUGCAGCUAGAGAGGAUCAACCGUUCUUACAUGGUGCUUAUCCCAAAGAAGCCUAGAGCUGUAGCUGUGGACGCAUUCAGACCAAUAUACCUACAAAAUUGCUCCAUCAAGAUACUUAGCAAAAUGCUCACAAGAAGACUGCAGAAAGAGAUUGGGAACUUGAUUGACCUACACCAAAUAGGCUUCUUAAAGGGUCGCUCUAUCUCUGAAACUUUCGUCUUUGCAGCUGAACUGAUUCAGACUUGCAACAAAAGGAGACUGCCGACCUUGGUGCUUAAGUUAGACUUUGCGAAGGCCUUUGACACAGUUAUUUGGGAGAGUUUGGACUCUAUUCUAAAGGCCAGGGGGUUUCAUGACAGAUGCGACAACGGUGGAAUUGGGGAUGGCGAUCAACUCUUCUCGGACGGAUGUGCGGAAUGGCGACAGGCGUUGGAAGAUCAUCUUCCACGGCUCUUCUCCCAUUGCACCGGGAAAGAUUCAGCGGUGCGACAAGCUAUUCACUCCAACCUUCAUGGUUGCUUUGUAAAUCGAAUGUCAAUGCGGGCAAAUGAUGAGUUGCGGCACCUUAAGGAUAUCCUCCAACAAACCCAAUUGACGGAUCAACCGGACACACGGUUGUCGGCAUUCAGUCGGACGAAGGACAAGCUCGACACCUCGCCCAUCUGA